GACGAGUGGACGGGGGAGCAGAAGCUGCAGUACAGUGAUGUCAGCGAUGACAUCAUCCCCGAAAGCGUGCGGCCAAUGGGCAACUACGCCGUCUCUUGUGUGGCCUGAUAGGUUCAGCCAGGCCAUGUGCAACGACAGCGAGGGGGAGGAGGGAGAGAGUGACGCACUUGUGGCCGUCACACAACUGCCAACCUUCCAG